AUGUUGUUGGAAAAACCUUGGCUACAAAUUUCAGAAGAUAACACUACUGGAAGCCAACAACGUGAUAAAGAGUUCUGGCGACGAAUUAGUGCAUACUAUGAAAAAAGCAACACGUCAAACGUUGCAAGAACUGAAGCCAAUCUCAAAAUGCAUUGGCAUUGCAUGAACCCAUUUGUAGUUGCAUUUAAUCAAAUUUAUAUAGUGUUGAAAAUUCAACACCUCAGUGGAUGGUCUGAGGAUGAUCUCAAAAGUGCAACUUUUGAGCAUUAUCAUGCUAGAUAUGGUGCUGAUUUUAGGCACGAACAUAUUUGGCAUAUCGUUAAAAAUGAACAGAAAUGGAAAGGUUCAAGCACUGCAUCCGGGGCAUCUAUGUCUUCAUCAAAUACAAAAUCUUUCAUUAACCUGGAUAAUGAUGAAGUUACAACUCGUCCAAUUGGUUGGAAUGCAGCAAAAAAAAGCAACAAAAGGGAAAGCUACCAAUUCCACUUCUUCAUCUGGUAA